AUGGCCAAGGGAAUGAGGUUUGUUCAGACAUGGGGAGAGGUAUCACCAAGGCUUAUUGUAUCUCACCAGAAACAACAACAUCAAUUCUCAAACUUGCCAAAGCUUGAGACUAUUGUUGAAGAAGGUUGCUGCAUCGACAGUUUUGCUGUUACUGCACCUAAGAGGAUUGUGAUCUUUCUUCCUCUUAUACUCUCAAUGAUUUUGUACAUGGUGUUGCACAAGAGUAUCAAAGAUUCUUGA